AUGUCUGGAUUCGUCGUUGGUGGUGGAGUACACGUGUUUUUUGCACAGAUUGGUGAUGUACUUGGUAUUAAGUUACCGAAGAAGAAGUGGGCCGGGUUUGUCGCCAAAUAUGACUACGCUCUUAGCAUGUGUUCAUGCUUUGCGGAUCGGAAGAUAUGCUUUUCGGCCGAAAUUGAGAGAGUAUUCGAUCUCAUUGAGAAUAUUGGCAAUAUACAUUAUCCUACCCUAGCGAUUUCCUUAUCAUCUAUGGCGGUUUUUAAUCUUCGGAAAGGAAUUCAUCUCACCUUGGCUGAGUACUGCAUUCAACUUUCCCAUUCCAUUCGAUCUUGUACUGGUACGUAA